UAACCAAUAGCAGAAGACUUGCUGAGUUUUAACCAAUAGCAGAAGGCUUACUAGGUGACACAUUCUUGUAAGCACAAUGAAUGGCUGAAAAAUGUGUCAAUCAUGCCGCACCUGCAGACAAGUCCCGCCCCCAUUUUCGCUAGCCGAUGGUAGCCUAGCAACUGACAUCAAGUUCGAUUGACUUUGAGAGGAACCCAAACAAAUGUAAUGCUAAAUUAAGAGAAUACAGUAACACGUCUAAAUGACCCAAAUUAACUGAAUUAACUGAAUAGAAAAAUGUUGUACUACUGUAGGAGCAAGUACUCCAUAAACAGACGGGAUUCAAAGCGAAGAUAUAUUGAUCCUGCGAGUGUUAUUAGCAAGUCCGGUAACACCGAACCAAGCUAGCACCGCUAGCCGCUACGCUAGGCUAGGCUAGCGCUAAUGACGUCAUCGCCGUUGGUUACUACAGAGAAGAGGCAGCAGAUGUGAAAAGUCGCUCGUGUGUUUUUUUUUUUUUCUUCUUUUCCUCCCCUUUUUUUUUUUUGUUCCCGUUGUGCUGGGGACUUGUGAAUGGCAGCCAAUGGGAGGGUUGAGUCCCCUCAGCCUUUCAGCCUCCCUGACAUCCACAGCACAGAGAAGUGAUGCAGCGCGACUGAGACGCGCAGUUUCACUGGAACAACGGGCAACAAAAGCUGCAGUGAACGGAUACACACUCUCUGCUCCGACAAGAAAAACCCACCAUCCUAGAAUAAACUUCAUUAUCAGGUGCUGUUCGCCGCCCCAUGUGAGUCUGAGGAGCCUUUCCUGCUUCAGUAGAUUACAGCAUGUGGACUGAUCCGAUACUCUGACCAAAAACCAGCGGACACAGACCACUGAGGGGGGGAGACGACAGAAGGCUGUGGUGGUGUGGCCAUGGAUAGAAGGAAAGUCUGCGUAUUGAUGGCGCUGUGGGCUAUGGCUCACCUCAGCACUCCGGGGUAUGGGCUCAGGGCCCUGCGGAGGACUACAGGGGGGCGGAGGGGGUCCACGGGGCUGACGGGACAAGACGCCAACGGAGUGCCGCUCAGGCGAUCCAAACGAGGUUGGAUGUGGAACCAGUUCUUUUUGUUGGAGGAGUACACCGGGACAGACAAUCAGUAUGUCGGAAAGCUUCACUCGGAUUCAGACCGAGGAGAUGGAAGCGUGAAGUACGUGCUCACAGGUGAGGGAGCGGGGUCCCUCUUCAAGAUAGACGAGAAGUCGGGGGACAUCCACGCCACCAAGAGGCUGGACCGGGAGGAGAAGGCUUACUACAUCCUCCACGCCAAAGCCGUCAACCGCUUCACCAACGAGGCGCUGGAGGGACAGUCCGAGUUCAUCAUCAAGAUCCACGACAUCAACGACAACGAGCCGCGCUUCACCAAGGACCCGUACAUGGCCACGGUCCCUGAGAUGUCCGACAUCGGCGCCUCUGUAAUUCAGGUGACAGCAAAUGACGCAGACGACGCCACGUACGGGAACAGUGCCAGGGUGGUGUACAGCAUCCUGGAGGGGCAGCCGUACUUCUCUGUGGACCCAGAAACCGGCCUGAUCAAGACAGCGCUGCCUGGCAUGGACAGAGAAGUCAAAGAAAACUACCAGGUUGUGAUCCAGGCUAAGGACAUGGCGGGACAGAUGGGCGGGCUCUCCGGCACGACGACGGUCAGCAUCAGCCUCUCCGACGUGAACGACAACCCGCCGCGCUUCACCAAGACCGUCUACGAGUUCAGAGUGCCCGAGUCCACCGAGCUCGGGUCUGCGGUGGGAGUGAUCCGGGCCAUGGACGCCGACGUCGGCGAGAACGCGGAGAUGAACUACAGGAUCAUCGGGAGCGACGGCCCCGGCAUGUUUGAUGUCACCACCAACAGGAGCACGCAGGACGGCGUCAUCCUGCUGAGGAAGCCGCUGGACUUUGAGAGGAAGCGUCAGUACAGCCUCCGCAUCCAGGUGGAGAAUUCCCACAUCAACCCUCGCUUCUUCUCCGUGGGCCCCUUCAGGGACGAGGCCACCAUCAAGAUCGUCGUGGAGGACGUGGACGAGCCGCCGGUGUUCGAGCGCGCCAGCUACGUCAUGGAGGUGAAAGAGGACGCAGCCAGGAGCACCGCCAUCGGCUCCGUCAGCGCGUCUGAUCCCGACGACAAAAACAGUCUUGUCAGGUACUCUAUUGAUCGGCGCACGGACAUGGACAGAAUGUUCAACGUCCAUGCAGGCAACGGGUCGGUGUUCAUCCUCAGGGAGCUGGACAGAGAAGACAACGCCUGGCACAACAUCUCCGUCAUCGCCACAGAGUUCAACAACCCGCGCCAGAUCAGCCGCGUGCCCGUUUACGUCAGAGUGCUGGACGUCAACGACAACGCUCCGACAUUUGCCACCAAUUACGAGACGUUUGUGUGCGAGAACGCUAAGGCUAAUCAGAGGAUACAAACCGUGAGCGCCACAGAUCCUGACACGCCACUCGGAGGCCACCGGUUCUUCUUCAGUCUCGCACAGGAGGCUGCUGGGAAAGCCAACUUCUCAGUCCGUGAUAACAAAGACAACACGGCCUGGAUCCUAACACGGAGGAACAGCUACAACAGUCUGCAGAUGAGCAUCUACCACGUGCCCGUGGUCAUCUCUGAUGGAGAGUACCCUAUGCAAAGCAGCACCAGCACCCUGACCAUCAGAGUGUGCACCUGCGACCGCGAGGGCAACAUGAAGCUGUGCAACGCCGAGGCACUCACAGCGAGGGCGGGACUCAGCACGGGAGCCCUGGUGGCCAUUUUGCUUUGUGUCAUCAUUCUGCUCAUGAUCGUGGUGCUGUUUGCUGCCCUGAGGAGACAGAGGAAGAAGGAGCCUCUGAUCAUCUCCAAAGAGGAUGUCAGAGACAACGUCGUCAGCUACAAUGACGAAGGGGGCGGAGAGGAGGACACUCAGGCCUUUGAUAUCGGCACGCUGCGCAACCCAGAGGCCAUCGAGGAGAGCAAGCAGCGGAGGGACAUCGUCCCCGAGACCUUUUACCCUCCGGUUCGACGGCCCGUGUUACCCCCGAUCCGGGACAAUAACGGGGACGUGAGAGACUUCAUCAACCAGAGGCUCCAGGACAACGACAGCGACCCGACGGCGCCGCCUUACGACUCCCUGGCCACCUACGCCUACGAGGGAAACGGCUCCGUAGCCGAGUCCCUCAGCUCACUCGAGUCGGUGACCACCGAGGGCGACCAGGACUACAACUACCUGAGCGAGUGGGGACCCCGGUUUAAGAAACUGGCGGACAUGUACGGCGGCGACGACGACAGCGACAGGGAUUCCUAACGAGAGCCUGGCACACAGACGAGGAGAGAAAAAGUGAAAUGAAAACACGUUUAAAACUUUCGGGCAAUUCCGGUGCAAUGUGUGGCGAGAAAAAUUUGGAGAAAGGACCGAGAAACAAGCACCGUGUUGUCCACGUGCUCUUUCACCGCCACCGCUCACCAUUCAGUUGUCCUUCCGGUGACCAGACGUAGGCUUUGUGUGUCCAGUCAGUGUUAGUUGCGUUUUUUGCCGGGGUGCAGUGAAGAGACUUUGUGUCAAGACUUUUUUUGUGUGUAUAUGGGGUUGUACAUGAGGCCCGAAUAUAUCUAUACCCACAUUUUUUUUUGUUUGUUUUUCCAAAGCUGCGUGUGAUGGACAUGCUCAACAAGCAGCUUUGUAAACCAACAGAUAUGCCUAUGUAUUUUUCAGUGUUUCUGGGACAACAACAUGCUGCAUAUUGUGAGUUCUAUCUUAGCUUGUGUACGUACGGUAAUAUGAUACAAUACGCUGUACAGUGGUUUUUGUUUUUCUAGGGAUUUCUAUUGUCCAAAUGAUCCCCUCUUUCAGCGGUGGCUGCCUCACAUUAGUCAUCCACGGCUGUGCUUGAGCCACAAGUGCUAGAAAACUCUGGCAUUGUCAUCUCUGAUGAGGAAAAUCUCAAUACAGAUUGGAUGGAAAUUGUGUGUUAGUUGUGGCUAAUGUUCUUUAAAGCUUACACGAAGCUGUGGUGAAGAAAUGUGGACAUUUACAGCCACAAACAUCCAACAACACACCAGUUAGUCAUUAUUUGCAGUAUCUGAUUUUCAUCUCUCACACAGCUUUUGAGCGUUUCGCUGUGAGGUGAGCCAAAUACCAAAUAUUUCCUUAUUGAGCUGAAUGUCUUCAGAACCAUUUUUUCUCUGUGCAGCCAACUCUCCGGCUGAAAAAUGAACUACACACACAAAAAAAAGUGUUAUUUUCUAUUUUACAUUGAUACAAAUUCACCAAUCUAACGCGCGCCAGGCUCAGUUGAGAGGAAAAUACUGGUCUUGUUGGACUUUUUUCGCUCAUCAUCUCGACCACAAGAAAUGUGUGAAAUGAUUCACUCUGUACCGCACGGUGGUGGAAGUCAAAGUCACAUUAACUGCCAGCGCUGAAAUGAUGCCGCCGAGCUUGAAACUACGGCAUCAAAUUAGAUUAGAUGAAACGUCUUGUGGACAGUUAGUAUUAAAAUUCAUCAUGCAAUUUUAUUUUCUUCCCCUUUUUCUGUUCAGGUGAUUUAAGAAAAACAGGAAAAGUAGCGUUCUAAUCUAUGUACCAAGCGGGAAAAAUGAUACAUUCGUGUUUAAACUUGGGCCAAGUCCAUCUGUAAAGGUUUUAUACUUAAUGUGACAAAACAUCUAUGAAUUAAAAGUUGCCUUAAUUCAAUUUAUUUUUAUAUAGCGUCAAAUCAUAACAGAAGUUAUCUCAAGACGCUUGUCAUAUAGAGCAGGUCUAGACUGAACUCUAUCAUUUAAAGACCCAACAGAGAGAAAGCACUACAGUGUCAAGAAAGAAACUCCCCUUUAACGGGUAGAAACCUUUCAGCAGAACGAGGCGGUGGGUGGGCGACCAUCUGCCGCAAAAUUAUAAAAACAAAUCUACGCAAAUAGAAAUGGCCUCAAGUCUCGAUUUUUUUUAUUUUUUAUUUGGGGGUCAGAUUCUUCUCACAGGGUAAACAAUAAGUCUAAAUGUACCACAUGACCUACAGCAUUAAACAAGAAAUAUAGGAGUUUUCUUCAUGUCCUGAGAGGCGCUCUGCCCUGCAACAGUCGAAUGUAUAAUAAUAUAACAUAACAGUUUUAGGAAAUGUGCCAAAAAGCAAAGAACACCAGUAUUUUCCUUUAAACUUCCUCCUCUUUCUGUGCUCCGUACUCUCCCGUCAUUACCUGAACUUAUGUAGUGUGGAACAGGAAGGCAGUGCGAGUGCUCACCGUGCUGAUUUCCUGAGGGACGAGCAGCCUUUUCCAUAAAAGGCGUCUUAUCAAGGGGCACCUGACCUUUGAGUGGUUUGGAAUAAGGCUCUUAAACCCAGAGGUGUGUCCUCGGCUCCCAGAGAAGGUCAAAGCAUUAUCCUGCACCAAGAACACAUUUCGUUUUUACUUUGAUUUAGAAAACAAAAAAAAAACAAUAUUAUCAAAUUACUUUUAAGACCUUCAAACUAUGAGUGAAAUAAA